CCGUUACACCUGUAAUCGUUACAUCCCUAGUUGGCAGGUACCAGGGACUUUUUUUCAUAAUGGAAAACCAAAAAAGCUGAGUAGAGUCAUUAGAGAGAUACCAUGUAAUGGGAAAAACGCCAUAAGUGCUUUGGUGUUGAUCUGCCAACGUUAAUGAAAACGUAUCAGAUAACAAAAGUACAUCAAGACACAACACACAGAAUGAAGGACUCGGCUGUGUGAAUUGUUCCUGUAACAUUUAAGGAAUGACCUCUGUUUCUUUGAUUUGUUUUAUUCCACUGUCUGACAAAUUUACCUUACUCCCAUCACAUCCUGCACAAUAAUAUUAAAAGUACUGUAGAGUGAACGUAAAUGAUUGGGGUGUCAUUAAGCAGUUGAUAACAUCGUCAUGGAGAAGAACACUUUGAUUAUGAGUGGAGUACAAGUAUAAAGUAUAUAGCAUGAAAUGGAAAUAAUCAAGUUUUUUGUAAUACAGUUCUUGAGAAAAAUGUACUUGGAUCAUUAAGUUGACAUGAUGAGGAACUUUGAAAGCACACACAGUUAUAGGACAUAAAUAAAUGUUUGGUCACAGUGAACAAAAAGUCGAGACCCUGAUUUUCUGCUGCAACGGUGGAGGGAAACAGGGGUGUCGGACUGGUGGUGGAAAGGGGACUGAGUAGCCAGGCCCCUCAUAUGAGGAGGGCCCAAAAAGAUGCUAGAAUGAAUAGCUGUGGAUGUGGGGAGGGGCCCAGUGAGAAUGCCUUUCUACAGGGCCCAGAAUAUUUUGCUACGCACCUGGAGGGAAAGUCCAAAGUGUACGUCUGCAAUCAGGACUUCUGUCACUUUUCUCAAGAUAGGUGAAAUUUUAAAUAAAUAUUGCUGGAGCCACACCUCCACUAAUAUUAAAACUCAGACCUCCUUCACACAGUUUGUGUUAAAUACUAACUUGGAUUCUGUUUUGGGCAGAUUUCACCAAUCUCAUCUAAGAAGUAGGUGACGAUGACUUCACUAAAGAGAUGGCAUCUCCUGCCCCUCGCUGCCUUCCUCUUCAUGUCCAUCGAUCCUACAGUAACCGAAGUGGUGAACUCAAUGUCAGACUGUGGCGAGUUUCUUCUUGAUGGAACUCCGCCACACAUCCCGGGCAUUUUGGAGGACGGCAAAAUUGUGAACCCAGAGAGAUACAAACCCAUGUGCCAGACUUACAAGAACCAGAGACGGUUUGUGACGCUCUACGACACCGAGAACAAGAUUCCAGUGUUUUCUGCUUACAAGUACAGAGGAGAACAAAAUAUUGAAAAAACACGCAGACCGUCUUCUUGGCAGACAGAGCCACAGCUUGAAGAAAGAAACACCAACAACAUGAGGGAUGGCAUAUACUUCAACCAGGCCAUUAAUGAUGAUUAUAAAAUAAAGAAGAAAAAAGUCAGAGUCUAUAAUAGGGGCCAUUUAUUUCCAAAUUCUAAUGCAUUUGAUUUAAAUGAACAAACCUCAACGUUCACCCCCGACCUGACACCACCAUCUUUUUUUUCCACCCCUUCUGAACCCCAACCAAACACCCCCAACCUGACACCAACACCUCCAUUUUCCACCCCUUCUGAACCCCAAACAAACACCCCCAACCUGACACCACCACCUUUUUUUUCCACCCCUUCUCAACCCCAAACAAACACCCCCAACCUGACACCAACACCUCCAUUUUCCACCCCUUCUGAACCCCAACCAAGCACCCCCAACCUGACACCAACACCUCCAUUUUCCACCCCUUCUGAACCCCAAACAAACACCCCCAACCUGACACCAACACCUCCAUUUUCCACCCCUUCUGAACCCCAAACAAACACCCCCAACCUGACACCAACACCUCCAUUUUCCACCCCUUCUGAACCCCAACCAAGCACCCCCAACCUGACACCACCAUCUUUUUUUUCCACUCCUUCUGAACCCCAAACAAACACCCCCAACCUGACACCAACACCUCCAUUUUCCACCCCUUCUGAACCCCAAACAAACACCCCCAACCUGACACCAACACCUCCAUUUUCCACCCCUUCUGAACCCCAAACAAACACCCCCAACCUGACACCAACACCUCCAUUUUCCACCCCUUCUGAACCCCAACCAAGCACCCCCAACCUGACACCACCAUCUUUUUUUUCCACCCCUUCUCAACCCCAAACAAACACCCCCAACCUGACACCAACACCUCCAUUUUCCACCCCUUCUGAACCCCAAACAAACACCCCCAACCUGACACCAACACCUCCAUUUUCCACCCCUUCUGAACCCCAAACAAACACCCCCAACCUGACACCAACACCUCCAUUUUCCACCCCUUCUGAACCCCAACCAAACACCCCCAACCUGACACCAACACCUCCAUUUUCCACCCCUUCUGAACCCCAAACAAACACCCCCAACCUGACACCAACACCUUCAUAUUCCACCCCUUCUGAACCCCAACCAAGCACCCCCAACCUGACACCAACACCUCCAUUUUCCACCCCUUCUGAACCCCAAACAAACACCCCCAACCUGACACCAACACCUCCAUUUUCCACCCCUUCUGAACCCCAAACAAACACCCCCAACCUGACACCAACACCUCCAUUUUCCACCCCUUCUGAACCCCAACCAAACACCCCCAACCUGACACCAACACCUCCAUUUUCCACCCCUUCUGAACCCCAAACAAACACCCCCAACCUGACACCAACACCUUCAUUUUCCACCCCUUCUGAACCCCAAUUGAGGAAGUCUGUCUGGUUUCUAGUGCUGUAUAAACACCAUAAAAACACAGUUUGGAUGAUUUCUGCAAAGCCUGUCCAUAAGCUGUGUUUGACGAUGACAUCACCGAAUACGUGGUAUCCCAUCGCUGCCUCCCUCUUUCUGUCCAUUGUUCCCACAGUGGCUGAAGUGGUAAAUUCGUUGUCAGACUGUGACCAGUUUCUCCUCGAGGGAACUCAGCCACAGGUCCCGGGCAUCUUGGAGGGCGGGAGAAUCCUGAACCAGAACCGAUACAAACCCAUUUGCCAGACUUUUGAGAAUGAGAGACGGUUUGUAACUCUCUACGACACCAAGAACAGGAUCCCAGUGUUUUCUGCUUACAAGUACAGAGGGGGAGUAGGAAAGAGACCCGCAAACGACUGGAAGAUAGAGCCCCAGCUUGAGGACGAAGAUGACAAGAACAUGAAGCUCGGAGACAAAAACGAGACCUACGACCACCAGGCUGGGACCAUAGAUUACAGACGCAAUAGAGCGUUUGACAGGGGCCACUUAUUUCCGAGCUCUCAUGCGUUCAACGGGUCCGACAAAAUGGCCACUUUCACCCUGACCAAUGUCGUCCCACAAGCAGCCAGAUUCAACCAGGGAAGCUGGAACAGAAUGGAGACGUGCGUCAAAUGUGUCAUGGACAAAUACUGCAACGGCAACAAUGGCGUUAUCGAAGGCUUUGUGGUAACCGGAGCCCAGCCAAGCAGCAACAACAUCCUCAGAAACAGGAUAAAUAUUCCCACCAUGCUCUGGUCAGCGUUCUGCUGCUACAGCGCCAACAUGAAGAUGUGGCUAGCGAGCGCACACUGGGCCGACAAUGUUCCCCCUGAAAACAAAUAUCUGCAGACUAAGACUUUGGAAGAACUCCAUAAAGAACUGAGAUUAGAUGACUCUGAAUUUAAAGUAUUUCCUGGAACGCAGUGUCCGCUCCACACAACUGUUACUGAGUUUUAUCCAAAAAUUCUAAACUGCAAUUGCCCCCCAUCCAUUUUACCCACUUCUGGCCCUAGCACUUCAACUUCUGCCCCUCUUACGUCAACUUCUGCCCCUCUUACUUCAACAUCUGCCCCUCUUACUUCAACUUCUGCCCCUCUUACUUCAACUUCUGCCCCUCUUACUUCAACAUCUGCCCCCCUUACUUCAACUUCUGCCCCUCUUACUUCAACUUCUGCCCCUCACACUACAACUUCUGGCUCUCCCUCUUCAACUUCUGCCCCUCACUCUAAAUCUGGCUCUCUUACGUCAACUUAUGGCCCUUUUACUUUAACUUCUGCCCCUCACACGUCAAAUUCUGGCCCUUCCUAAGGCCAUUUUAUGCUUCUGUGUCGAAUUGAUGGCAUACCCCCGCAGACCCCUCUGCGUCUACGCCGGACCCUACACCGUAG